AUGAUCCGGCCAGCACCCUCUCGUCGCCGACCGUUUGAAGACAUGGCUGCAGGCACGGUUGAGCGUGAACAGCUGCUACAGGCUGAGAGAGAUGCGGUAUCUAUCCUCCUGAACGACUGGACACACGAUCUGUCGGACACAAUCUUUAGCCGGUACUUCGAAACAGGUGCCUUCCCCAGUUGCGUUGACAGUAUUCUAGCCAAUGGUCUGGGCAGGGUAGAAUGCCUGCCAAGGUAUAUGCUCGAUGCAGGCCCGGGGCUAGGCCUGACGGACGAAGUCAACGCCACGCACCACGACCAUAGUGCAACAAUGACCACUUCGGUAAUGCAAAUGCCAUCGAUGGCUCGAAGGAUGGAAGAUUCGGCCGAGAAUAACCCCCACGACCAGAUGUCCAUGUCUCCGAUGAGCACAACCAACCCGUCAGAGUCAACCAUGUCCACAACGGGUGGGAUGACUAUGCCCAGCUCAGACACCAUGGGCGAGUCAAUGAGCUUGGGUCCUCGAGGCUGCAUGCCACCUAUGAUGUUCAGGCCCGGAUACGAUAUCAACUCUCUACCAGCAGAGACAUGUGUGAACACAACAUCAGAACAGUUAGUAAUCAACGCAAAUGCAUCUCAAGGGUGGCUUGCCCUCAACCUUGUGAAUUCUGGAGCUGUUAGCAACCUUAAGGUUUCGCUUGACAGUCAUUCAAUGCAUGUCUAUGCCGCAGACGGACUCUAUGUGACCCCGCAGGAGGUUAAGGUUCUUGAAAUCGCCCUCGGCCAACGAUACUCUGUGAUGAUAGAGCUUGACCAGUCUCCUGGCAACUACUACCUUCGAUUCGCUACAUAUCCAAACGGUGACAUGCAGCAGGUCUUGGAAGGCCAGGCAAUAGUGUCCUAUAGUACCACCGGAAACGAUACAAUCUCAGUUGAUCCGAUGUCUGUUUGGAUGUUGACUAACGGAUCCGCUACACAAGAUGCCAAUGAACUGGUAGAAUCACGCCUGGCACCGUUUGAGGGUAAUAGACCUCCCACUACAGCUGCCGAUGUCACCCGAUUCUUCAAUAUCAAUCAGACCGACAUUGUCACCUGGGUUGUGGACCAGUAUCCGUAUGCCGAACCAACGAUUCCAAUAAUCUACGGUAACAUGUCAGAUGGAUGGAAUGCGAACACCACCCUCCAUUCACCGACGAAUUCGACAGUCGAUAUCGUGAUGAAUGUGGCAAAUGGCUCGUUGGAUACAAUGGGCCAUCCAAUGCACCUUCAUGGCCAUAAAUUCUGGGUUCUAGGUUCUGGCAGUGGCUCAUUCCCUUACCAGUCGGUUGCAGAAGCGCCGCCGUCCCUGAUUAACCUCGACAACCCUCCGUACAGGGAUACGGCGAAUUUGCCACCAUCGGGAUGGCUGGCAAUUCGCUAUAUCACUGAUAACCCGGGCGCAUGGAUACUUCAUUGCCAUAUCCAGUGGCAUAUUGUGUCUGGAAUGGCGGUGGUCUUAGUCGAGGGCGAAGAUCAGCUCGAUGCCCUAAUUCGGCAAGGUAAUAGCCCGGAUCCAACCACGCCAUUGAAAUCCGGUACCGCACCGUCGUAUAUAGUCAACUUUUUUGGAAGUUUGAUCGUUCUCGGUACUAUGCUGAAUGCGCUGGUCGCGUUUCCAUAG